AUGGAAAAAAUAAAACCAAGGGUCAAUUGUGUUGAAUAUGCGCUCCGUUUCGAGACCUUUGACUUUCUGACCAAAUGUGUGACACAUUGUGUGACACAACCCGACGGCACACACAGUGGUGGCCGACACAGGCCUACCAUCACGUGCUUUGAUGUGAACCAACACUACUUCGUGUUCGCCACCACCGAUGGCCUCGUCUACUGUUUCCGCAGACAUGUCUUCAACUCCAGACAAUGCCUGAAAUACCGGUUCAUCUCGAGUGCCAUAAUUGCCAUCCAAUUGAUUACCGAUGAGUUGCUGUCAUUCGCCACACAAUCAGCUGUUUAUGUGUUGAACCGCACGAACCAGAAGUUCCUCUACGGCUGGAAGUGUCCCACAAAAGCGGCCAUCACUUGCGUUCAGACAUUCCUCUCAGUCUCGGACCAGAAGCUGCUGUUAGUGAGCGGCGAUUCGGACGGAUGUGUCCGCCAUCACGACCUCAUUCGCGGCGAACAGAGUAUUAUCUUUAAGGACACGGGUUUUCCCAUCGUUCAGAUCGAGUUCAUCGACAACCAGACACUCGUUAUAUCGAGUACUUCCCGAUCAGUGGUCUUAACCAUUGAUUUCUGUGAGGCAAGUCAUUCAUCAAAUGUGACACAAAUUGGUAAAAACCAGAGGAAAACGUGCGGCAAAUUUGGGGCCGUUUAUAGCCGUCGGACUAACACUGUGUUCGCCUCCCGACCAUCGCUUCAUCUGAUCAAAGCUCAACUCAACGGCGAUGUCUUGGAGACGAUUAAAGCGAAUCACAUUCCGGUGGCGGACUGUCCGGAACCGGUGCCACAGUUUGGCCAAAAGCCAAUCACUGGUCACUCGCACCUCAAACUGGGACUCUUGAAGAUGUUCUGCGACGACCAGUACGUCCUCUCAGUCAACGACUCGAAUCUGGUUAUAAUCGGAACUGACGGUCAGUUUUGCCUCAAAGAAAAAGUGGAUCAAUUGAUUGACGUUAAGAUUGCGGGCGACGAAAGCAACGAAGCCUUCCUAUUGCUCGAGUCGUGUCAUAUAUUACGGAUCCGUAACACUCAGACAGUGUUUACCAAUCAAUACAUUACAGAGUUUGAGGGAAACAGUGAUAAAGAGAUGAGCUCUGAAUCCGAGGGCAAGACUAGCGAAGAGAAGAGUCGGAAGGGAUCGACGGAAUCGCUGAUCAAUUUGUUGAGAGCGCCCGUCAAUGGCAUUAAUGGUAAUCCUCUGUCAUAUAUUGAGGACGAGUUGCGAAAAGUGUUUGAUUUCACCAAAAUUCAGAUGAGAUUAACCGAAAAAGUGAACCAAUUGUCCACUUCUAUCAUCACAACCAUUGAUCCAAACGUUUUGCCAAAUUCUGACAAAAAUGUUUUCGUAACACAAGAUUACGAAGAAAUUGUGGACACAAAUAGUCCCACAAAAGAAACACCAGAUCUCACGUCACCGCUUGUGGUGAACCAAAAAGUCAGGCGUAAAGUACAUCACAUUACCAGCGAUUCUCUGGUCAAAAGUACUUUAGGUAAUGCAAGUCCGACGGGUCUGACCAACGGUUCCGAUGAAAUGGAGGCAAAGAUUACAGAAGACUCUCAACCACUGGAAAACAAUUUCCACAUUAAUAUCAACAUUCCUGAUGAGAAUUGCGAUCAAAAGGACGGAACAGAUGAACAAUUGACUGAUGAAAAUCGUUUGGAAAUGAUUUUAAGUGCAUAUAAAGAAGCGAAUCCACAUUUGGAGACCAUUUAUACAGACAUUCAAACAGAACAAGAAGACGAAAAAGAAGACAAUCCUGAGAUCUCUGAAGCGAUAGACAAUUAUUUGACAAGAAAUGACAUUCACAGAGAAGUGCCUCCAAUUGAUCACAAAAACAAUCCAAACUUUAAGCAAAUUGCAAAUAAUGACGAAGAAAUCAAAGUAAAUGACAGUGAAAUCAAAUUGAAACCAAUUGAACACAAAUGGGAGCCUAUUAUCUGCUUAUUGGAUAUAAAUCAGAUUAAAACCAUUGAAUUCGUCUCUCUUUGUGCGACCGGUUAUAACAGUAACCGAGAAGUGGGUCUCAUUUGGUUUUUACCGAAAGACAGCAAUACAUUGAUUUAUUACCCGACUUUGGAAGCGUUUAAACUCAAUAAAGUGAAGCCCAUAGGCAUCGCCAGCGCAGCCAACGAGCUCUACAUUGUGACCGAUUCGGGCGUUAUCUUCAAGAGAGACGGAAUGGACGCCACGAAACCCGUGGGAAAUAAAUGGACACUCAUUAAGAGUAUUAACGAGGGUUUUGUCAUUAAGAGGAAUAAAGGCAAAGCAAAGAUGGCGUCCAUUAGUGUCAACACCGAAGAGUCUCUUCUGUGGUGUUGCGAUACAAACGGCGAGACGUGGACUCAUUGUUUGCAAAGCCAGAAGUGGUCACAGAUUAACGAUUACAGCUCACACUCGAUGGAAAUGAAGAAAGUGUGCGUUUCGGUCACCGAUUGGACAAUCGUUUGGGGAAUCGACAGAAACGGCAAGAUUUUUGUCCGAACUUUUAGCCAAUCGUUGGACAGUAAUAAGCGUGACUUUCGCGGCGAUGAAUGGCUUCUCGUGGACGGCCUUUUGGCCAAAGAUAUCGCAGUCUAUGACUCGCAUGUGAUUAUUGUCGUUGAAAACAAUCAACUGUUUAGAAGGAGUGUCAAAAUUAUACCAAAUGACGGCACCGAUGAGUGGCAGCCAGUGAUCGGACCCGACGUUCCCGUUGACGACACUAUUAUCGCUGUUUCGGUGACUGAAAAUAAUGAUAUUUGGAUAAUGACUGAAAAGGGUUUGGUUUGGCAUACAAUCAAUCAUUCAGUGAACAGACAGUUGUCAGUGAAAGAAGACUCCGAUUGGCUAAUCAUUUGA